AUGGACGCGCCAAACGACACGCUUGCCUCGGUCGGACAGGACAUCAGGAGCCACUUCGUGAGGCUACAGACAUCGCAAGCCAUAAAUGAGGCCAAAUGGGCGAAACUCGACCACGAAAUGCAGCGGUUUGAGCUAUGGGCACGCAACCUGGGUCUAUUUACUGGUGGCCAUAGCUCCCUCGACUACCGAUUCCGAGAUGCGCAGUUAGUGUUCGAUCAUAGCCUGAGUCUGCUGAGGGAUUUGGCCAAGCUUCUCACCCAAGUGUUCAAAGUCAUCAAAAGGGAUGAGUGUCCCGCAGAUGAUGACGUUUCCGAUGACUCUGAAGAAGAGGACGUGUCAUCGUAUCAGGAGAAGCCACUCUUCGAGCUGCUGACAGACAACGCCACUGCGACUGUGGACAAGCUAUACCGUCUAGCUUUCAAGAUUCGUAAUCCAGCAAUGCGGCUCGCGGGCUCCAGAUCUCUCGGCUAUCGUGAAGUCGACAAGGACACUGGGAUCGAGUUGAUUGAACAAUUCGCACUGCUGGACUAUCGAUAUAUCAAGGACCUGUUUCACAGUUAUAACGCUUCCCAUUCUGAAGACCAUUACCUUAUACCCCGGCUUGCAAAGGCCAAUACCCGCCGGAGACAGCAGUUUCGAUACUGGAAGAGGCGCAGAGAGGCUUUUGAGCGAUUGUCCAUGGCGGACCUCGUCGAUGAAGAUGACGAGAUAAAUCGGCCAGAAAUAAAGGAGCAACAACAGCAUCUGACAGUGCCUGGAAUGGAGCCAAUCAGCUUCGCACCGUCCCAGCCAUCAACUGCAACGUGGCUCAAUGCAGACAAGGUAAAGCUGGAUGAUGAUGCAAUGUCUGUAAUCUCAGCGGUUUCCUUCCUGCCUAGCGGGGAUGAUCACGACACAGAUUCAGUCUCUCUACCGCCUCCGCCGCAAAUUGGACCCGAGGUAAAGGAGUUCGAAUGCCCGUACUGCUUCACAAUAUGUCCGCAGAAGCUGGCGAAUCAAAAGAACUGGGAAACCCAUAUCCUGCGAGAUCUCCGACCAUAUAUAUGCACCUACCAGCACUGCAAAACACCAGACCAGCCGUAUGACAGCCUGAGCGAUUGGAUUAAUCACGAAGUCUACAAUCAUGGCGGGAAUGCUCACAGCGACGGAAGUUGCGAUUCCGGGCCUUCCCAAGAUAGUGCCCCAGCUGUGGCGCGCGACUGCCCGUUUUGUAUCGAAGUCGCUGUUAGCCCCUUCCACAUCGCAUCGCACCUUCACAGAAUAGCUGCGUUCUCCCUGCCACGGUCAGUAGGCGACGAGGAUGCCAGUGACGGAGCCAGCGCUUCCGGCCGAGUUGAUAUGAGCUCUGGCGAAUCCCGUCUCUCUGUGCCUUCGUUCAGCAGCGCCCCCGACUGGGAAGUACCAGAAGAUGGGUCAAGUGGUUCUUCUGACGAGCUAAAUUCCCACUUCGAAGCCCUGAGGCAAAUAAUGCCUACAGAUGAAACUGGAGGCUCGAGCGCCUCAAGUGGUCUGGGAGAUGGACCUGGAUCGGCCCUAGAUGAGGGAGAGGAAGAGGAGGGACCUGGGCCAAGAGGCGAUGCUGCCCAAGGUGAGGGCGAGACAGGCAACGCCCACUGGCCUAACUGGCUAGUCGCAGACAUCGCCCUUGCGAUUAGCAAGGCUCUUAGUCCAACGACUGUUGCCGAUCGGGCGCCUUUCCUGCGAUUUCUUCCUCUGAUGGAUCACGAUGCGAUUCUCAAUCUCCGUACUGAAUAUAAAAAGCUCGUCCAGAGCGGCGGGAAAGGUGUCAACGUGGCAAAGCACAUUCGCCGCAAACUGGGCAAGGACCCGUUUGGCGAUGCGUGUUAUCUAACAGCACUUGGCCGGUGGCAAUCCGAGGUCUUCUGGAUCACUGCCUUUUGUGACGAUUCCGAGACCGGGUACACGCACGAGGCGUUCUUCAUUGGGCCUCUUUUUGAUCGUGACGCCACCGAGAUCAAGGCAAUAAAACAGACCUUUAAGAGUAAGAGGUACAUGAACAGCCUGGAGGAAUUUAUCAGGAAUAGAGUCAAGCUUGCCAUCUACCGCGAGGCCGCCCUUCUUGCCGUUGAAGGGAAUCAAGAUUCCGCUAGUCCCGACAUGGUCGCCAAAGAUAUAGAAGACAUAAAUGCGGCUCUGGAUGACCGGUUCGAACUAGCAAGGAAGGUUAUGCCCAUUAUUCUUGCUCGGAACAGAUCACAUCUUCGAUCAGUUUGGCAGGGCUACAAAGACCGGUAUGGUUCGGAUUUCGUGCAAGAUCUAUGGCAAUAUACUGGCGACGAUGCGAGCCAUGUUUUGGCAUACGUAAUCUCUGGCGCAGCAAACCGAGCGAAGCGCGACGCCAUAUCGUUGUUUCAUGUGUUGGAGAAACGCCAUUGCAAUUUGGUCACCUUUUACCUCGUCAGAUUCCACUGGACACCCCAGCACUUUAUAAAUAUCAAGGCCGAGUUUCGAGAAAAGUACGGCACGUCGGUGGAAGAGAAGAUACGGGAAAAGUUCCCACUGACCGAGGAAGGCCCCAAUCUGGACGACUGGAGGGACUUUUGCAUCGAGUUGGCGAUGAGCACGGACGAGAACAGUAGAUACAACCCCCCUUCUGAUACUCUCUAUGUCGGGAAUGUCCCAUUCGAUACCUCGGUUGAGGAACUCAGCAAUCUCUUUCUAUCCCAGCCUGGUUAUAAGGGACUCAAUCAGGUGGACGCCACUCUAUCGGUUGCCAAGUUUGAAGACGCGCGCACGGCAGGGCAAGCUCUCAACAACUUGACUGGGUACCGGCUCUCCACCAGUGGGAAGAUUGGUAUUCGUUUAGGUUUCGCCGACUCGGCCGCGACAGCUCGAUUCGAUCAUAUUAUUGGAUUGGAUGCCUCGUAUGCACGUACUGCUGCCUCUGGUUGA